AUGCACUUUCUGGGAUUGGUGAGUCUCGGCGGCAAGGUGAGGUGGCGGAAACGGUGCGCAGUGCUGGCAAGGGAGGAGGAGAUGGCCGCCUUGCCCAGACAUCCGAGUACCAGGAGCGGCGCCGCGAGCGCGAGGAAAUUUCGGCGGCCGCGCAGGGCGGAGCCACACUGGCGACCGGUGCUCGAUCCGAUACCGGAGGAGGAGGUCUUCCCCGGGGAAGACGAGGUGGCGCAUCCGACUGUUGCCGCUGUGAAGAGGAAGAAGCCUGGGAGAUCCGUCUUCUUGGCGGCCGCAAUGGCAGUGCUGCGCUCCGGGUUCAGAAGGUGAUCAUCUCUUCUCGCUCUCUAUUUUCCUCCUCUCUCUCUCUCACACACACACACUCGAUAUGAGGAAGGAUCGUGAUUUCCGUGGAUCUCGAGGACGUUCUCUUAUCCUUCUUCUCCGCAACCAACACAGGGAUAUCGGCGGUGA